UCGCCUCAGACGCAGUGUGGAUUGCUGCCAUCACCACUACAUCUGUGGCUGCAAUCCACAUUGCGUCUGGGGCGAGGCUAGUGGUAGUAUGUUUGAAGCACAAGUUGAGUUAGGAGUAGAGAAGGUUAGAGUACUAGUAGAUUGUCAGUAGUGUACUGCAUGGUAGGGUAUGAUAUAAUGUGAUGACAAGAUGCACAGCUUUAUCUUUAGUUAUUAUCAGAUAGACUUGAAAAUGGAAACUGCAUUGACAUUAACAAUAACCAUACAUUUUUGCAAUUAAUUUCUAGCAUUGUAGGGUUCUCCGGAUCUUAUUGAAUAUGAUCAGGAAGGUGAUGCAAUAGUGCAUAAAUAGGAUGAGCUACUGUUGGAGGUAUACAUGUCAGGAUGGAUGUAAUUGAUAAUGUGAUACAAUUUCGUUAGUAAGGAACUUUUAGUUACUAUAUAAGUAACAUUGCUAUCAAAGCUGUCUCACGCUCUGAUUGGUUGCUGCUUUUAUGUACGGAAGUAAUCCUUUCUACACUACACACACGGAAGUUGCUAUAACCCUCUGAUUGGAUGCUAUUCAUAUAGUAAUCCGACUAUCACGUACAACACCAUUAGCUACUUCAAGCUGUUGUGGAUGAUGGAGACGAAAUUGCUUACUGUCUGCUUGUCGUUUCUCGUUUCUGUCUCGUUGGCUAACAAUCCUGGAUUUGUCGUCAGACUUACAGAGCACGGGCUGCAGUAUGUUCGAGACCUGGCACUGCAGCUGCUGCGAGAAGAGCUGCAGCAUAUGGACAUUCCUGACCAAAGAGGAGAAUCGGGAACUCCCAUUGGCAAAAUUGAUUACACACUGUCCAGUAUUCGUGUGGAGAGUGCUACUGUUGCGUCAUUGGAUAUUAGUCUGGACAGUGGUUCGGGUAUUCGGGUGUCAACAUCAGGAGUUUCUCUGCGAAUGAAGGCUGACUGGCGUUACAAAAACAGAGGAUUUAUUCAUAUUUCUGACCAUGGCUCAAUUGAUUUGGCAAUAGCUGUUGACUUAUCUUUGACAGGAACUUCAGAAAUGACGGCAAAUGGACAGCCAACAGCGUCUGUUGUGAGAUGUGAAUUCAAUGUUCAGAAUGUGGAUGUUCACUUUCAUGGAGGAGCAAGUUGGUUGUACAAUUUGUUUUCUGGCCACGUGGAAAAAGCCAUCAAAACAAAUUUGCAAAGCCAGGCCUGCUCAAAGAUCACUGAAACAUUGAACAGAAAUGGUCAAAAAGCAAUGGAAACUUUGGACUUGAUUGAGGAAGUUGGCAAUGACAUUCAGUUGGACUUGCGAUUAGUUCAAUCUCCUAUCUUUGAGAGUAAUUAUCUCGAGUCUUUACAAAAGGGUCAGUUUUCAUACCAUAAAUCCCCAUCAUUGAAUUUCUCACCACAACCUCUUUCUGUGCCAACAUAUUUGUCUGGUCAAAUGUUUUACAUGUUUGUCACUGAGGCAAUGCUAAACAGUGCUGGUGAAGUUUAUCAGAAAUCUGGAAAAUUGAAACUAAAGAUUACGUCUGAUGAGAUUAGUUCAAGUUCAUUUUUUCAGCUGAACACGGACACAAUUGCAGGACUUAUUCCAGGCUCAACGCUAAAGUCAAAGUUUCCAAAUAUGGGCAUGCAACUUGUAGUCACUGUUACACAAGCUCCAAAAUUUACUAUCUGCACUGAUAGCAUUAAGUCGGUCAUUUCAACUGAUAUGAUCGCUUAUGUUAUUCAUCCAGAUGGAAACCUCACUUACGUCUUCACACUUGGCCUUGUGUUGAAUAGCACAUUGGGUUUAUGGGUUGAGAACACCGAUGGAAGGCUGUAUCUCGGGUUGACCAAGAACAUCACUGUUAUACAUGGAGCUGUGACAGUGAAGGAUUCCAUCAUUGGACAUUUCUCAGGAGAAAACAUUGAGGCUUGGUUGAAUCUUGGAGUACCGUUCAUACUUCACGGAAUACAAACAAAAGGUAUUCCAAUUCCAACUGUUCGUGCUCUGACAUUCGUUGACCCUCACAUCACUUUGCUGGAGGGAUCUUUGGCCAUUGGCACAGAUGUCAAGUAUGACAUGUCGCAGUCAUAACUUGCAAGAACAGCAUUUUGCGUAUAGUCCAGCAAGCUGCAAAAGACGUAGUGUAGUAAGAUAUGACUAGUACUGCUUUUCUUGCUGUGCAAUUGAGUGUUUUGAAGGUCUAAUUAGAUUUGUGUACUAGAUAUUGUGGUUUUAUGUCAGUUUGGUUAUUAUGCAUA